AUGGUUAUACUCAACUUUAAUGUUGGCGGACGGCAGUAUUCCACAACAGCAAGCACACUAAUGCAAGAAAAACAGUCUCUAUUUAAUCAGUGGUUUACUGGAGAAACUGCACAACCGCCGUUAGAAAAAGACAGCAAAGGAGCAUAUUUUAUCGAUCGAGACCCAACGAGUUUUGGAAUAAUCUUGAAUUAUCUGCGUUUGAAAUCUACUAAACAGCUAUGGGAAGCUUGCUUACCGAAAGAUCCAGAUCGUUUAGCUCUACUAACACAGGAAGCUGAGUAUUACAAACUGCACCAACUCCGCGAACAAGCCAUUGCCUUACUUCAAAGCUGCACAGAAAAAUCAGACGUUUCAUAUGUAAAUGAAGUCCUCGCAAAAAGUUUUAGCUGUCCACAAGGUCUUGAUGGGAGAGGUUGCAAGAAGUAA